AUGAGCUUCAUGAAAAAAAUGCUUGGCCAGCGGGGCUUUGGAGAUCCAUCACCAGCUGGCCAGGCCCAAGACAAUAAUCUUGGUCUCAUGCAUCUACGAAAGUUGUUUGCAGAGUUUCGUCAUCCACCAUUAAAUAAAACCCAAAAAAAUCAAGAGGAGAAACUCUACAGCAUGCUUCCUUUAUUUAUCAAGGUUAGUGAUAAUUUCUAGCUGAAAGUUAAUUUAAUUAUAGGUAAAUUGGAACUAAAUUAAGUAAUAAUCAAAGAUUUGUUUGUCUAUACUGUGUGUACAAAAUUUAACAGUAUACUGGUACUAUUUUAAACUAAUUUUAAGAAAAAAGAAAAACUUAACUUACAAUGGCUAUGAGCAAAUACAUACAUAUUUAAAAAAAAAUUAAAUUUUAAACAAGGUCAUACCUAUAUUCAUGAAAGAUUUAGCCUUUGAGCUUAAAAUGUAUUUGCAUUAUAAAUUUCUUUACAUUGAAUGGCAUAGUAAAUUUUAACUAUAGCAAUAUUAGUAAGCCAACAGAGGUCUCUAGUUAUGCUUAAAACCUUAUAUAAUCUAUGAAGUGUCAGUAUAUUUCCUCAUUUUGUUAAUUAGACAGGCUGUGGAAUAUAUAUUUUGUCAAAGACUCAAUCUUAGUAUUAUGAUUAUUUAACCCGUGGAUUCAAUUCACUAAUAAAGGGAAAUAAGGAUCAUUCCUUUACUGGUAGCACCGUAGAUAAAGCAAGGUUUGUGAAUUAAAAUGACAUAAUGUAAAUGUUUUUAGAUACCCUGAGAGUCUUGUGUGGGCAUGUCCCUUGGUUAUGAAUGAGGACAGCGAGUUAGUGAUCCAGAAUACGGAUCGGACCAUGAGCAUAGAGAUUCUACAAACAAAGGAGUAUACUUAAGGGCUAGUAGUGUGCUGGUGGAAAAUAAAUGGGGAAGUGUGGAAAAGGGGGGGGAUAUUCAUAACGCUGAAUGUGUCAGUGUUACAAUAUUCUAAUUGUGGGACCAGUUCUGAGCUGAGGUUGUCGGCAGACCGUGUAAAGCCUAAGAACCUGAUUAGGGAUUGAUUCAGAUUAUAGAUUUGUCAUAUUGUGUAAGAGAGAUUUAAAAUUCAAUAAAUGAUUAUAAAAUUCAUUUAGAAGGACUUUGUGUCAUUGUGCAGUGGGGUAGGAGCGUCCACAUGUCAUAAUCUAGACCAGGGGGUCGCCAAACUACGAGAUCCGGCCCGUGACAUCACUUCAUCCGACUUCACAAUGACAAAAAAAAUACACCAUCCCAAGUCUUGAUACAUAUUUUACGUCCACCUAGGGCAAGGGGCAAAGUGCUUUCCAAUCCAACUCUUACUGUUUGCUGAUCUUUCUAUAAAAUGUAUAUUAAUGACCUUAGCAUGCCCCUUUUCCCCUUCACAGCUACAGUAUGAUUACUUUGAACCCACUCUGACCUGCUGUGAGGCAGUUCUGGCUCUUGUUCUGGCAAUUUUCAGCUACCACAACAUUUUCUAAAAUUAAAUUGACUCUAAACUGUACAAAAUGACUAUAGUUAUUCUUUAAUUACAAUUCCUACUUUGUUUGCACAAUGAGAUGACUGACCCCACAAAUCCACUAUGACAGUCAAUCUAAUAAUAAUAAUAAUAAAGUUCAUUUCAAAAACACGCUUCAUCCCCAAAGGCUCAAAGCGCGGUACAAAGUCAACAAAAAACAUAUCUAUAAUUUACCACAUUUAAAACAAACGCAACACUACAAAAACUAAUUACAAGCAUACAAUCUCAAAGUCUUUCUAGCCAUCUCAACUCGGAGCAACACAGCCAUUAUGCAUUAACUGGAAAAUAAGGUAGACAAUCAUCCCAGAAGGUAUUUGCGAAAUAGAUGUGUCUUUAGAUCGGUUUUAAAGAACUCCAGUGUCUGGUUGUUUCUAAGAUCGACAGGAAGGGCGUUCCAAAUUGUUGGACCAGCAAAUGCGAAAGUGUGCUUUCCGUAAGUCUCAAGGCAAACACGUGGCGUCGAGAGUUUGCCACUAUCGGAUGAGCGGAGCUCUCUAGUGGGUACAUAAGGCGUCAGCAGCUCUUUCAGAUAGGACGGCGCCAGGUCAUGUAAGCAGCGGUAGCACAAAGUUGCGAUUUUGUACUCUAUGCGAGCACGCACCGGCAGCCAAUGCAACUCUCUCAGAAGUGUUUUUGCAUGGUCGAAUUUGCGUUUGCGGAGAACUAUGUGAGCCGCAUUAUUCUGUGCUAUUUGAAUUUUAUCCAGGAGCGUAGCUGGAAGACCCACCAUGAGAGCAUUGCAAUAGUCCAUGCGUGAUAGCACAAAUGCAGACAUCAGCCUCUACAAAACACUACUAACACUGAUCAACACUGGACAUGCUCUCUCUCUGAUGCUCUGAACUACAAGAAUAGCACUAUGAGAACUACAGAAAAUAACUAAUCUUCUCAAGACCCUUAUAUCCUUACUCAAAUGAUUUUUUUCAUCCACUGUUGAACCAAUCUCAUUAAGACCUUAUAAUACUACUCAGACACCUAUAAUUCACGACCACAAAAACGUUCACCCAAGACAGUGAUUCUCAUAUCUUGACACCUCCUCAUGAAAAAAUGAUCCUCCUUAGAUGCAUUUUAAUAUGGACCAUAGCAAUAUAGAUGGUUUAUCAACACCCUCCUGAAAAGAAUUACUCAGCGCUAACCAGCCAUGAAAAAAAAAAGCUAAAAAUCACAUUUUCUCAAAUUUUGUGUAUGAAAAUUUUUUGUGGAAUGGAUACAUCUGUUUGAGCAGUAAAUUUCUAAUCUCGUGAAUUUUCUUUUACAACAAGCUAUUUAUUUAAUAGUGACUACAUUGUUUCAUUUUCAAAUUUAAAAAAUUUAAAUUUUGGUUGGUCAGACAAAGUUUCUUGAAUAGACACAUGGUGAUGCCUCUUCUGAAUCUGCCUCAUCAGACUUGUAUGCAUCACAUUGGCAUUUCCUAAACAUGUGUUAUGUAGAUGCAAGUGUCUGACUAAGCAUACUCUUGAAUUUUGAGUGGAUAGAGUUGACUAGCGCCAUCUCCCACAUUCUUGACUUGGGCCAGACCGUUGAUUUGAGAUUGCCUCACUGUGUAUACCAGAAGUAUAAUCAAUUUAGUGCCAUUAAAACUCAGGUUCCAUGUUGUUAGAAGUAUUUGUAUGAAGUUUCUUUUAGUCUAUGUUUUUUACUACAGGUUUUUGAAAACACACAAGCCACUGACAUGACUGACAAAUGGAACGAUAUUCUUCAGUUUUGUAGCCAUGUCUCUAAAUUAAUGGUAACAGAAAUACGCAGAAGAGCAUCUAACCAGUCAACAGGUGAACUUAUUUUUAAAUUUGCUGUGAAUUAAAUGGGAGAAUCUGCAACUUAUCAAAAUCACUGCCAAACAUAUUAAACUGUUAAAGAGUUUAUGUAGAUUACAGUCGAUAACAGAGUCACAAUAAAUAUUCCCUGAAAAAAUAAUUGGUUUACUGUAAUUCUAAUUUUAUUAUAAAAAUAAUUUAAAAAAAGGAGUACUCAAUGCGUUUGGUUAAAUCAAAUUAGGCUAUUCCUAUUCUUCUAUACUUCAGAAUUUCUAAGAAAUAGUAGAGAUAUAUUAUUAUUUUUUUUUUUAUAUAUAUAAGUGAGAUUAACGAUGCAGUUUGCACUUAUUGCCUAUAAAUUACACACCUUUUUAUGCAUCUAUUCAAACAUUUUUACCCCAGAGUUAUGUAUAUAAGAAAAAAAGCUAGUAGUAUUAUUAAAUCUAAAGGCCAUGAAAAAGAAAGAAAACUAAUUACAAUACAUUACUCUCUAAAAGGAUUCUUCAAAGUACAUUGCAUUUAAAGAUUUUCAAAGUGCUUUUUAUCCACUGUCACUCUGUCAAUAAAACAUCUCUUUGUUGAAUAGAGCAAAGAAAGAUUUUAUUUUUCUACUUUAUAGCACAAAAUAAAUUAUGUAAAUUAUUUUUGGUGUGCAUCAAGUUAUUUUACAAUGAGUAACACAUGUAUUUUCACCUAUUCCUUUAUUUUAGAAGCUGCUAGUUGUGCCAUUGUUCAGUUGCUAGAAAUGGAGUCUCAAAUAGAAAAUGGAAAUGGCUGGAUGCUGCUUACUGCAAUUAACCUUCUUUCUCUGGGCGGGAACACACUUAUUGAUUGCAUGACUGCUGCCUCUCUUCCCUCCACACUAGUCAAGUGUUUGUAUCUGUUCUUUGACUUACCCCCUGUGGAAAAUGAGGACCAGCUACAGCCAGGUUGUCAAUUCACUCCAAAAGAAAGGAGAAUCCUGUUGCAGAAGGUGUUUGUGCAGGUAGAAACAAAGAUUUUAUUGUCUGAUUUAUGAAAAUACAUAGGCUGUAAUGCAUUUUUCAUUAUUUUAAUAAUUUAAUUUGAUUUGUUAAAUUAAUCAUUAAAAUUGAAAAGGAAAAUUGGCCUCUUAAAAACAGAUUUGCUGAUAAGACAAAUAUACAAACUGUUUACAGCAGGCCUGCACAACUCAAAAUGUAAGGUGGGCUGUAAUACUUUAUGUAAAACUUGUGCGGGCCAAAAGAAAAUAGGACAGGACUUGUCGGGCCAAAAGAAAAUAGGACAGGGGGAAAGCUAUCAAGAAAAUAAUAAGAAUAAAGAAUAUUUCGUUACUUCGCGGGCUGCAAAGUGGCCAUUUGUUGUGCAGCCUGGUUUAGAAUAGUUGAUUCUAUGUUAACAUAAUUACUUUUUAUUUAUGUAGGUUUAUAGCGUUUAACAGGUCAAAUAUAGGUCAGAUAUCAAACUUAACCAUACAGUUUGAAACAGUUUUAAUGCAAAUAGGCCCAUUGUCUAAAAUAAUUUUAGAAAUGGUUUGUAUUAUUUCAUGUUGACUUUAAGUCGCUAAUUUACAUUUCUUAUGUUUGCAGCAGUAGAUUAGCAUAAUUUUUAUCCAAAUAGGCAGCACUGUAUUUUAUUUUAUUUUUUAAAUGUUCUGUCUUUAUGAGUUUCUAUUACAUUCUAUUAACUUUUAUGAUAGCUAACUCUAUUUUUGUAAUACUUUCAAAAUGUACUUUAGGUAUUAGUAAGACUUUGCAAUCAUACCUCACCUGCCGAAGAGCUCGCAUGGAAAGAUGACUUGAGUCUCUUAUUCAGCGCCAUCACAAGUUGGUGUCCAAAACACAAUGUAAUGUGGAGGCAAAGUGCCGGUGAAGUUUUGGUAACAUUGUCACGUCAUGGACUUACACAGAAGGUGGUCAAUUACAUUCACGGUAAUUAAAUGAUUAGAGCUCUUCAACAUUUCCAUUUAUUUGGAUCAAAAAAAGAAUCUUAUCUGAGGCAUUCAUUAUGUAUGCAUCUAAAUUUAAAAAAAAAAAAAAAAAAAGCUUAUCAGUUCCAUAAUUGCUCUUGGUCCAUUUACCACAUCAAGUGUAACAUUUCCAUUUAUUUGGAUCAAAAAAAGAAUCUUAUUUGAGGCAUUCAUUAUGUAUGCAUCUAAAUUUAAAAAAAAAAAAAAAAAAAAGCUUAUCAGUUCCAUAAUUGCUCUUGGUCCAUUUACCACAUCAAGUGUAUUUAGAGGUAAAUAAAUGUUUUUGAAAUUGCUUGAACCUUUCUGGCAUUUGUUUUAAGCUUAACUGGUUACUCUUAUUCCCAUAAUCAAACGAGUUACAGACUUUAUUUUUUUUGGAGAUCAUAUUCAUGCAAUAAUUUGUUUGUUGCUAUUCCAAGUUUACAGAAAUAGAAUUUUACUCAGAAAGGGUGAUAUGAAACCUUAAUAAAACGUUGGGCUCGUCGGGGAAAUAAAAAAUGUGUUAAAUGUGGUGCUAAAUAUUGUAUUUACUUUGCAGAAAAAGGUUGUGUGCGUCACUGUAUAGAAAAUAUGCAAAGGGCUCAGGAUCUUUCUCCCCUGGAACUUGUUGAGAUGUUUGUGACAGUAUUCUGCUUUUUGAAAGAUUCUAGUGAGGUCUCCCAGUUACUAUUGGAUGAUUUCCGUACAUGUCAAGGCUAUGUGUUUCUCUCUGAAUUUCUACUCAAGUAAGACUUUCAAAAUAGCUUAAUUAUAAACGUAAUGUUAAUAUUUGCUAGAAGAAAAAUGUUGAUGGCAUUUUAGCUGUCUAAAACUCUUAAUUUUUGUCAUUGCAAAAUGUUUUCUUCUUCAGUUUAGAAGUUAUUUUUAAAAAAACAAUGCCGUUUCUUCUGAUUUCGACAAAUAUAUAUUUAUGAAUGUAAUGAAAAUCAUUUAUUAUUACAGCAAAAAAUUGGUGUUCUGGCCUUAAAUAAUUACAUUUUAUUGAAUGAAUUAUUUGGAAAAUUCAUAUUCUCGUGAAGGAGUUAUUUAUUUUUAGAAAAGUGUCAUUAUUUUUUUGUAAUUUUCAGGCUUGAGCAAGACAGUGCAGAAGAAUCAAUACAAGCCCUAAGGAAUUUAGUUCUUCUUGUUGGCUCAUUGACUACUUGUGGAUUCUCUGAAAUGAAGCCAAGUUACAGCAACACUGGCUCUUUAUUUCAAAUGCCAGGAUUUGUUGUUCCUAGUCCUUCAGGCAAAGGUGAAUCUUUGUCAAUAUUUCUUUCAUAUAGUUACAGUCUUGUGUGCUCGUGUAUUUUAAACUAUUUGCCGCAUUGUCCAUACCUUUUGCUUACCUCCGAAUUAUAUAACCAACACUUAAAUUUAACAUAAUGUUUUAAUUAAAUAACACUGGAUUUUAAAGCUGGAUUUUAUCAAAUUUAGAAUCGGAUAGCAAUUCCUAUAUAAAUAUAAACGAAGAUUUACAAUUUUAAUGUUGUUUGUAUUUGUACCUUUAAAAAAAUAGUGAGAUUGACAAAUUACAAUUUUUUGUGUGCUUUUCUGUAAAUAAAUAUUUUUUUGAAUAUUACAGUUGUUAAAUAUUUAUUUUGUUUAAUGAUAUAUUUUCAAGUGCAGUCAAUUUUUCCUUCACCUUUUUGUCUGCGGCCCAUUUAUAACUAGGAAACCAUAUUUAUUUGAUUCAUGUGACUCUGUUGUUGAGAAGAGAACCUCAAAAGACUGUGUUAAUUAUUUUGGCUUUGUUUAUGCUUGUAUUAUUUUUUAUUUUGGUUUGCAGAUGCUAAGAAUAAAAAUAAAGCUAGAACAAAAUCUGAUAAAGGUGGAGUAUUUUAAAUUCAUUACAGGUGUAAUAUUUAGUGCCAAAUAAAAUAGACAAGUUUUUCAGCUAUGCUUUUAUUUUUUUUUCUUUAUUAAAAUUUUUUAAUAAAGGCAUUUUGAGUGCUUAGGGGGUGCAUGCUGGAUAUACCCUGUAAAAAUUGUAACAGAAAAUAAAUAUGAUUAUUCCUGUCAACUUGGUCAGGAAUGCUAUUGUUUUGUAAGAAAUGUUUCUAGGAACUCGACAAGUCCAAACCUAGCAAUUUUGUCUAUCUGUGAAGAUACCAAAAUAUUGAUUCUAUUAAUGAAUCUGUUAUAAGAAGUCAAAAUCAAGCAACAACGAAUUAUUGACAUUUAAAUAUAUAUUCUAUAUUAAGGUUUAUUACUAGUUUUUCUAAUAAAACAGAGUGAAAAAAUAUUUCCUUUUAAAAGCUUUUCUGUGCUAUAACCUAUGUCUCAUACUGUGGCUACAUUGUCCCAGACAUUUGAUUCUGCCAAGGUUAACCAAGAAGAAAUUUUUUUUUUUUGUCAAAAACAUUUAAACUCUAAUUAAAUCUUUGUAUUUAUUCAUAAUCCUCAUCAGUGGCACUACAGCCUUGCUCCACCACAUCCUUUUAUUUGGAUUGAUCCAUAACUUUCCAGACCCCCAGCUUAUGUAAGUCCUACAUCAUUAAUCCAUUUAAGCCCUGGCCAACCUGUGAGCCAUGCGUCCCUAGGUUUCUGCCUGCACUUUUGCUGCUCUACAAUUCGGCACCAUCUCAAGGUUAUUUGUCCAGCGCAGUCUGCCUUUAAUUGUUGCUAUUAUGGGUCGCUCUUCGAACAAUUGCUCAAUCUCUUUGUUUGUAAAAAUUGUCCAUCAAUCAUUGACUAUAACUGGACUAUAAAUUUUCCUGAUUAUUUUACCCUCCCAUGUAUUCAGCAGGCUCUCUGCUUUUCUGGUAAGGGACCAAGUCUCCCAUGCGUAAAUUACUACUGGUCUUAUAAUAGUGGUGUAUACGGCUUUCUUUGUUCUCCUUGAGAUUUUUUUGCUUCCUAGUAGCUUUUGUUGGCUGAAAUAAGAACGGUUGCCUGCUGUUAACCUUUCUUUCAUCUCUGUCAUUAUUUGAUUGUGUUUGUUUAAAGUAGCUCCCAGAUAAUUGUAAGUAGCUACUCUCUUAAAGACGUAGUUGUUUAUUUUGAUGUUACCAUUAUGUUUGUUUCAUGACAUUACAAUAUAUUUAGUCUUAGCUUCAUUUACCACAAGUCAAGACCAGCUUUAACUGAGGCUUUGUUUACGUCAAUGCAGUUUCUGCCCAGUAGAGCUAAGUUGUCCGCAUAUGCCAGAUACCUGCAAGGUUGGCAAUUUAAAGUUGUUUUUCUAUAAGGCUUCUCUGGAAGUAGUGAUAGUUUCACUGGAGCUCACAUGUAAUGGUUCUCAUCACUUUUUCUAAUGUGAUGUUGAACAGGAUACUUGAUAGUAAGUCUCCGUGUUUGAGGUCCUGAUUAAUCCUUGAGGGGCCACAUCCGGUCCGCCGUACAAUUACAGGCCCGUGAGGUCUUGAUCGGCAUACACUUAUAUCCAAGUCAACACUAUGGUGUUUCACAGGAGUCAUCUCACUGAUGAACACUUGCAGUUCAUCAUGAGAAUCUCAAUGACACAGAACGUUACUCCCAACAUAAACGAACUUACUUGUUUUUGUAGCCAAGAAAAUGUGUCAAACAUCCAGCUCUGGCAAAUUGGCAUAUGAACGAAAAUGGGUUUGCCAAUGAUUUGUUUGUUUAUUUUUUUUUCUGUUUUCAUUUAUGUAAAUGCUUUUAAGAAAAGAUGGAUGUUUCACUUAUUAAAUAUUUAUCCUGUUCGGUCCGCAACCUUACAUGUGAUUUGAGUUUUGGCCCGCUGAGCGAUUGAGUUUGACACCCCUGCUGUUGUGCAUCCUACAGAUAUUUCCUGUCUAGGCUAUCAUAAGUUGUUUUUUAGUUCACAUGUAGUUGGUGUGUGGUAAUUUUGUGUUCCUAGCAUUUCUUCAGGAGACAUCUCAUGGUGUUUGUUGUUGUUUGUCCUUCGCACGCGAAGACGACCAAGGCAAUUUUCAACUUGAACGGCCCUGACUUGAGCAGUAAUUUUGUUUAAAGUGAGGGAGAGUUGCUCACUUUGUCAACCUCUCUCUCCCAUCCUUGUCUAUUUGAUCCAAUGGCAAGACAAAUGGAAAUAGACCAGGAUGAAUUAGAUGAUGAGCAGUGUGAGUGUGUGUUUCAAUGUUCUUUUUAUGCAUUCUAUGUUGCAGGAGUUGUCAGAAUUUUCAUUGUGUCAAUCUCAUAAUGCGAACUUGAGCCCAACUCCGGGUUUGAUUUUAGAGAUUGCCUUAGAUGAGUUGCUAUCCCAAGGCUAAUGAGUCCCAUCCACCUCAGGUGCUGGUGAUGUUUUUGCUUGUCUAGACGUUUUCUGAGGAUUGAACUUAGCAAGGACUUUUAAGUUACAUCAAGGAGACAGAUUCCUCUAUAAUUUGAGCAAUAAUGCAGCUUAGAUCCAUUCUUGUGUAUUGGGAUUAUGAGCCCAGUCUUUUGGCAUUACUUCCUCCUGCCAGGUUCUGGAUAUGCGAUGAUGUAUUUCCUAUGCAGUUCUUUUCCACCUAAUUUGAAGAGUUCUGCAGCAGUACAUUAUAUUCCUGUGGGUUUAUUAUUUUUGUCAUGGUGAAGAUCACAUCUUUUGUUUCAUUCAUUGUUGGUCAGCUGAUCAGUGGGUCCUUUUGGUCGUUCCUAAUCCUAUCCUCAUUGGCUCCUCCAGAUGAACCAUUUGGCAUCCCUUCAAAGUGUUGUGCCCAUGUACUGCUCUUUAUGAUCAUUUUGCCAUCUAUACUUUCAUACAUGUGAUCUGGCUUGAAAGCCGUUUUUUUCCUGAUUCAUCUUCAGGUACAUUCCCCUAAGCUCUUUCAUUCGCCAACUCUUCUAUCUCUAUUAUUUUUUACUUUUCCCAAUCAAGUUUUUUUUUGUGCUCAAAAUUAUGGUAGCAACCCCCCUUUUUGCAUAAUAUAUUUCUAGUGUUCUUCUGGUCUCCAUUUGCAGCAUCAUUAGCCUGAGUCUUGUUUCUUUCAUCUGUAACUUCUCUGCAUUCUGUGUCAUACCAUCCUGUUCUCUUCCCUGUCUGUUUGAAUCCCAAUGUUUCCUGUGCUACUAUUUUAACAGUUUGCUUCAUUUGAUCCCAUUGCUCAUUUUUAUUGAUGUUGCGGGUCAUUUCCCUUUUGGAUAAUUCAAUUAGAGUUUGAAUCUUCUGUUGAUACGUCUCAGUAAAUUUUUGGGUCUCACCUUAACUUCUGUUUGUAUGCUUCAUUAAUUUUUGGGUCUCUACUUAACAUCUGUUGAUAUGCCUCAGUAAUUUUUAUCCCUCUACUCAACUUCUGUUGACAUGCCUCAGUAAUUUUUGGGUCUCUACUUAAAUUCUCUUGAUAUGCCUCAGUAAUCAUUGGGUCUCUACUUAAAUUCUCUUUAUAUGCCUAAGUAAUCAUUGGGUCUCUAUUUAGCUUUUGUUGACAUGCCUCAGUAAUUUUUGGGUCUCUACUUAAUUUCUGUUGACAUGCCUCAGUAAUUCUUCUGUUGACAUGCCUCAGUAAUUCUCUUGAUAUGCUUCAGUAAUCAUUGGGUCUCUAUUUAGCUUUUGUUGACAUGCCUCAGUAAUUUUUGGGUCUCUACUUCACUUCUGUUGACAUGCCUCAGUAAUUUUUGGGUCUCUACUUCACUUCUGUUGACAUGCCUCAGUAAUUUUUGGGUCUCUACUUCACUUCUGUUGACAUGCCUCAGUAAUUUUUGGGUCUCUACUUAACUUCUGUUGACAUGCCUCAGUAAAAUUUAGGUCUCUACUUAACUUCUGUUGACAUGCCUCAGUAAUAUUUAGGUCUCUACUUAACUUGUUUACAUGCCUCAGUAAUUUUUGGGUCUCUGCUUAACUUCUGUUGACAUGCCUCAGUAAUAUUUAGGUCUCUACUUCACUUCUGUUGACAUGCCUCAGUAAUUUUUGGGUCUCUACUUAACUUCUGUUGACAUGCUUCAGUUAUUUUUUGGUCUCUACUUAACUUCUGGAUAUUUUUUUUGUUCUCUCAUAAUUUGUUUUUUUGGGGGGAUUUCCAGAUUCUUUGUUUACAUUUAAUAUUCUCUCUAUAGAUAGUUGGUCUGUAAGCAGGCUCUUUGCCAAUUUUUGCUUUGCAAUCUCCAAGAACUAUUUGGCCUGAUGCCUCAUCAAAUAUUCUUUUAAGUGUUUCAUUCAAUUUUGUUUGUGCUGUCAUUUUCAUCUUCAUUUGGAGUAUGUGUGCAAAUUAAUGUCUUUCACUCAAUGGUCUGAACCCAGUGACUGCAUUUACUGUCUUAUAGUUGAAAAAACCUUGUUCCUCAGGUGUUGGUGUCAUUUCCACUGUAGAAUAUUGUAUAUUCCUUAGAGCUUAGUAUAUCAAGAGUCUUUCCGUCUUAGCUUCUGCGCAGUUCAGCAACAUUGAUUCUCUAUCUUAUCAAUCCAUCAUUGAGGUGAGCCAGCGCUCCUGCUCUGUGUAAACUAAGAACAUUCCAGGUCCCCAUCCACAAAUCAUGUCUUUGUCCAGGAUUAGGUAGAAAUUCACAAGUAUCAGUCAGAUUUACUGCUUCUUAUUUAGCCUGGAUUUUUUAAUGUGACAGCCAUCAGUCCUUCACACAUACGGGGGGGGGGGGGGGGGGGGCCCCCCCCCCCCCUCGGGUGGGUGGGGGGGGGGGGGGGGGGGGGGGGGGGGGGGGGAGCCCCUUCAGCCCUCUGGGUAGAUUCCUUGUUUUUGGGGUCAGUUCCGUAGUCUUUGUAAAUCCCUUUACUAACUACAAGGCAGCAGUUGCUGGCUUUGGUUUGCCCUGGGUAUUUAUUCCCUUGCCUGUCACCUGGGGAGGCGCUCCAUGGGAAUUCAGCCUCUUAACCUGAGAUUCAUUCAUAAUAUAAAGUUUAAUACUUAAUUGAAUGGAAUUUAUAUAUUUUUUCAGUAAAAUAUUCAAAAACUUUUAAAAGUAUAUACUUAAUUGCCUACUUAUUAUGUAACAUAACUAACCUAAAUGCGAAUGAACUUAAUUUAGGGUUUAAGGGCUUAAAGAAUUUUUAGAUGUCCUUAAUCAAGUCUCAGACAAACCUCACUUCAAAUGAAGACCUCAGGAGUGGAAGUCGACUGUCAGCGUGGAUGUAUUAGUUCCAUUUACAUGCCAAUGGCAAGGGCAGAAGUCUCUUUAGUUUGGAUUAUUUCUUACCUACAAUAUUGGCCUUUAAAUUAACUACUAAUUAAUGCACAACAAUAAAAUGCUGAAAUGAGGUUGGUUGGUAUAUCUGGACCCAUAUUACCUAAUGUAGGGUUAUUCUGCAAAAUUAUGCUCUUUAAAUUAAAGAUAGCCAUAAUGAGAAAACAUUAAAUCAAACAAAUUAAGCUAAGAAUCUGAUCCACUUUAAAAAAAUGUUUCACUCUUGAAUAUAUAUAUUUAUAUGAAAAUACCUGUGAGAAUAUUAUGUAUAUAUAUGCCUUAUAGGUGAGUGCUGUUUAAUUAUGGACAAAAUGUGCAGUGAUGCAAUGCAUAUUCACAUGCAUUGAAUUUUUUGCAUUUGGAAGUAAUUUAUUCUACUUGUUGUGGGGGAUAAGCUGAAAGAUUGAGAUAUAAAAUAUUUGCAUGUGAUUUAGCCAUCCGAUUUUUUAAUCACCUGUACUCAUUACGCCAUUAUGAUUUAAAAGGAAAUGGUGUUCUACCCCUUUUAUAAUUUAAGAUGUUUUAAGUUUAGGCCCUGCUCGUUAUUUAUUUCUAAAUGGGAAAUUGCUCUUUCACUCACAAUGCACUUAAUAUGAGGCUAUUUAUUUAUUUAUGGUAUGAGUUAAGUUUUUUAAAAGUUUUGCUGUAUAAUCUAUUCUCUGAAUACAAAAAAUUUAUAUUUGCCUAGGGGGCAUGAUGUAAUUGUGAGAAUAUAAUUUUCUCAAAAUAACUUUCAUGAAUAUUUGACUGUAUAAUCUAUUCACUGAACGCAUAAAAAUCUAUAUUUGCUUAAGGGGCAUGUUGUAGUUGUGAGAAUAUAAUUUUCUUCAAAAAGCUUUCAUGAAUAUUUUUUUAAGGGUUGAAACUUUCAUGUCAGAGCAUAAUAUUUACUGACUGCAUAACUAACAGCUCCAUCUGCUUGCCUUAUUACUAACCUACACUUGCAUUCUUGAAAUGGCUGGACUUAGCACAUUCUUUAUCUUCACUUAUGACACAAGUACUAAUGCAAAUUCAUUGCAAGCUUGUUAGUAAAUAAUCCUUUGGAACCGGUAUAAACUUUUUUUUUUGCUGUUGUCUGCUAAUUAUGUCGUCCCCAUAAAUGAUUACCCAAAUUCAUUUGAAGAUAUAGUUUCUUAUUAACUCCAUUCUCUCUAAGGGAGAAAUCAAUUUGAAGAUUUUCUUAUGAAAUUGAUAUUUUUUAAAAGGAAGAAAUCAGUUACAAUAUUUUCUUAACUCCAUGCUUUUUAAGGAAUUAGAAAUCAAGAAAGUAAAAAUGUGUUAAAAUAGAAGAAUAACAAGUAAAAUAGGGAACAUUAAAAUACUCGAAAAAAAUUACUGACUUGUUGAGACUUUGUUUCUCCUAUGGAAAAGUUAGCUUUACUAUUCUCCAUAUUAUCCAUGGGAAUCUCUAAAAUUAUACAUCAUAAAGCUAGUAAUAUAAACAGGUUCUGCAGCUUGAUUUCUCUUUUUUUUUUUAUUCUGAGAUCCUAUUUUGUUCUGAGAGGUUAGUUUUCUCUUCAGCAAUCUAAAUUGUUGUUAAUGUAAUCUUUCAUGGUAUCAUCAGUACUUCUAAAUGCAUUAUGAAUAGUGUUUAUUUGCUCAUUUUGGAGACAUAGUCCAAAAAAUCUAUCUUUAUUUGAUAUUUAAAAAAUUUCAAAAGGCAUCAAAGGGGUGAUAUGGCAGGAGGUGCCAGAUGGAGCUCUUUUGCCACUCUCAUGUAUUAAAAUAGUGAUUUGAAGAGGAGGGGGGGGGGGAGUUUCCAUAACCUUGGAAGAAAUCUGUAGCUCAAGCCAUUGCUAGCUGUGCUGAUGUGAAAGAUACUGGUUAUGAUUUAUGCAUUAAUUCUCAGUGGUCUUAAUUUUAACCGAAAAAGGAUUUCUAAAUAAUUUAAAAAAUCUGUUGGAAACUUAUAAUAAUAUAUAUAGUGAUACAUCAAAUUGACAAGUGGCAAAUAUUUAUUUUAAAAAGUUACUUGGUAAAUAUUAAAUAUUAACAAAACUUACAAUGCUAAAUGUGUUCUAUAUGAGUAGCUAAGACUAUAUAUAAUUAAAAAGGUUAAAAAUUGUUAGCAAUGUAAUAAAAUGUCAUUAACUUGUUAACUCAAUGUUGCAAAUAGAACUUACAUAGGUUCUUUGCUCCUAUUUUUAAACAGCUUGAAAUCUUCAAAAAAAAUUUUUUAUUUGCAUGCCUGUCUUUAGUUCUAAUGAAUAAUGCUUGAACUUUUCACCAAAUUUGGAAUUUUGCCAUUUUCAGGAGUCAGUGUUCGAAACAUACAGGCAUUUCAAGUCUUACAGUCUGUCUUCCUCAAGGUAUGUUUCACAUGCUAAAACAACUUGGCUUAUACUUUUAAUGACAUGUCAACGGAAAGUAAUGAAUUUUCAUGCAUCUAUAUCUGCGGUUCCUACAAUCUAUGUAAUCCGUCCAAUAAAACACAUUAAAACUACAAUUAUUUAUUGUAUCUUCAUGUUUGUUAUAGAGUUUGUCUUUGAGGCGGCAGAUGAUAUUAAUAUUUCAGGUAAAAUUUUGACGUAAAGGACACUAAUAAAAAUAGCAUGACUACAAGCGCUAUAAUUCAAUCAAUCAAACCAAUAAAACAUCAGAUAAUCUUUAUUUCUUUUGUUUUCCAGUCCAAUACCAGCCACUUGUGUAGCACCAUCCUUGAUGUCAUCAGUAGUAUUUAUCAUCAGGACAAUGCCAACUACUUCAUACUUGAGUCUCAGCACACAUUGCCACAAUUUGCUGAAAAGAUUUAUCUCAAACCAGAAGAUAUUCAGGUAAAAUAGUAAAAUUCAUUAUUUCCCUAUUUUUGAAAAUGGUUUAACUGCUAGUUAUAGUACUCAAAUUCAGUGUCAAUAAUUUGAUUCAAUGAUUUGAGGACAUAAUGUAAAGUUAAUGUAAUCUAUUAUAACCUUUCUUAUAGUGUCAAUUUUCAAUUUAUGUGUCACUCACUUUUUUGUGUUGCAAAAAAGCUCACAGAUUUCAAGAUUUUGAUAUAAAGGAAAAUCAUCAUAUUGGGGGGUAUUUUACCUACAAAGUAAAGGCUUUUAAAGACAAAAGGUAUAAUCCAUCUAAACAAAUCUAAUAGUAAUUUGCUUGAAUGCUACUUCUAGUAAAAUUAUUGUAUGUGACACAAAGGAUUGGUAUGUCAAAGAGUUUGUGUAAUUUGUUUAAGUGUGCUGAACAAUGUUAGAAGCAUUUUAGAUACAAAUUUAAAUUGAGCAAUAUUUUGUUGAAUUUCAGAUCAAAUUCUUUGAAAUGCUGGAAUUUUUAGUCUUUAAUCUAAACUUUGUACCAUGCAAAGAGCUCAUCAGUGUCAGUAUUCUUAUCAAAUCUCAACAGUAAGUGCCUAUUUGUUUGUUUUUAACAAAAUUUGGUUCAGUUUUUAACAAAAUAAUUAUUUUCUAACUGAACUAUAUAUUUUUUUUAUUGUGGCUGUGCUUUUUAAAUUUUAUUUUGUCUUAUUAUUUAAUUCUUAUAAUUAAGAAUUUCUAAUUGAUUAUAUAGCAUAGUGUGUUUGUAUGUUUUUCAGGUGAAGAAGGCUAAAAAUAUUUUUAAAAAAAAUUUUUUUCACCCUUAUACUUAUAGAAAAAAACUCAUAGUUUUAGUGGUUUAAUCUACUUGAUCUUUAACACAGCUCAACACUCGAAAGUUAAAAAAAAAAAUAUUAUUCAGAAAAGGAAACGAGCAGAAGAGGUGCACAAAUAUUGGCGUGCAUAUUUAAACUAACACAGACAAAUAGGCAUAGGAAUGAAUAAUUUUUUAUUUUUAUUAUAAUUAAAUGAAAUAGUUCCUCUAUUUCAAAGUAAAAAUAUGCUUAAUAUCAAUUAUGAUUAUUGGUUUAGAAUUUUGUUUCUACUGAUCUGCAGGAUUUGUAUAUUUUGUAUAUUUCUUAUUAUAAUAAUAUCUUUUUAACCACGUUUAACAGUUCCAUAGACUGCAGUAUCUUGUGUAUGAAGUCACUGCUGCGAAUCUUGCGCUAUCACAGUGUCUAUCGUGAUGUAUUCAGAGAAGUUGGGAUGCUAGAAGUCAUGGUCACCUGUUUACACAGAUAUGCAGGACAGCUGAAAGAACAGUGCAGUAUUGCAGGUGCACACCACUGGUGCUACUUUAGUGGAAUUCUCUUUUUGAAUACAUUUUAAAUACACUAUUUUUUUCUGUAAAAUUUUCAAUGCUAAGAAUUCUUUUUGUUCUAUAAUCAAGUAAUGAAGUACAAUUCAUUAAUAAAGUGUGUCGGAUAUGAUAGAGGUUUGACUUAGCCAGAGUUAACACCAAAGACUGUCAAUCAGAACGUUUGUUCUUUUGUCUUACAAUUAACAUAAUUUCAAUAGAGCACAUCCUAAAAAUAAAGUGAUUUAAUUGACAGACCAAGCCCCCGUAUCUGAAGAACAACAAGAGUUGGGCCUGCUUGUUAUGGAGGCGCUGUCAGUAUUGCUUUCUGGCAAUGGUGCCAAUGCUGGUUAGUUCAAUUUAGUAUAGAUUGGGAAUUGGAGCCAGUAAGAAAUAAAACCUCCGAUCUGUCAAAGGCUUUUCAAUAUUUAUAUUUUUGCAAUGUUUUGUGGUAUAAAAGAAUUUGUAUACCUUGAUUGAUUCCAUAUUACAAAUUGGGAAUAAAAUAUUUCACUAAUGAAAGACUUACAUGUCCAAAUUUAGGAAUACUUUAUGUAUUUUGCACUUUUGUUUUUAAAUUGGUCAAGCUGUUGUCCAAGAUUAUUUAGAAAGCAAAAUCUUGUAAUACGUUAUGGGAAGUAGGAAGAAGAGAAGUGAUCUGUAGGAAUAAAAAACUUUUCUGGAAUGUUUCUAAUAUUGCUGUAAUGCAUUUAAUAUUUUGUAUAUAUUAAACACAGGUUGAAUCCAGUUAUUAUUUUGAAUAAAAAAUAUCAUUCUUUGUUUCUUUGAAGUUUUAGAACUUUUCUUAACUACCUUUUACUGUAUUUAAGACUUUUGAGACUUGCAUAAUUACUCACAUUAAAUGAUUUUAUUACCUUCCAAUUAUAAAAAUUAAUUAAUUUAAAUCUUAUGUAAUCUAUUAUAAAAUUUAUUAUAGCAGCGAUUUUCAAUUAUGUGUCACUCACUCUUUUGAGUUUCAAAAAGUUCAUAGAUUUCAAGAUUUUGAUAUUAUGGAAAACCAACAUUUUUGGGGGCAUUGUAUCAUCAAUUUCAAAAUUUUAAAUACACUAAAUCAGCCUAUAUAUUUUUUUUAAUCAUAGAUACUCGCAAAAAAAAAAAAAUUGAAUUUUUCUUUAAAAUGAUCCAACAGGCGUGUUCAGAGAAUGUGGGGGUGCAAGGUGUGCACACAAUAUGGUUCCCUUCCCUGAAUGUAGACAGCAGUCUUUGCAUAUUGUUCAACAGUUGGUUUUAUCUCCUGGAGGUGAUGAUGAUAUGGGUACACUGUUAGGCCUCAUGCCGACAGCUGCUGUCACUGACUUGGAGUUAAAAACUCACAUCCUUAAGGUUAGUUUCAUUAAAAAGUGUCAUUUUUACCAAUGGAUGCCACAGCAUGUACAAUAUUUAUAUCACUUAUCAAUCAAAUUAUUUGAGUCGCAUCACAUUGGCACAUUAAGUCACGUACUGUGCCUGCUACUUGAAUCAUUAAUAAAAAAUUCAUAACAUUAAAUUUAGUAAAAAUAAAAACAUUUCUAGAAUGUCUUUUUCUAGAUGUUAUUCGCUAACAGUUUAUAUGCACUGCUACCAUUGAAUACGUCUUCCAGUCACUGACUCGGGAUAUCUUUAAAUCUUUUCAGUCUUUGUUAAGUGUGUUAAGAGAAAGUCAUCGAACCAGAACCGUUUUCAGAAAAGUAGGGGGCUUUGUUUAUGUCAUGUCUGUGUUGGUGUCGAUGGAAGGGUGUUUAUCAGAUCCACCAAAAUCGCCUUGGGAUACAGGUAAAGUUUACAUUGAAUUUCAUUAACAGAAAUUAAUUUUUUAUGUUUAAGUUUUGUUAUCAUGUACCCCGGCGUGACAGGACAAUGUCCCGGACUACCACUGUAAUACAUCUUCCAACCCCCUUUAAUAAUACACCCCCCUAAACAAACCGAUCCAAUUACAACCAAGCUAUUGCUUUGUUUUAUGAUGAGCUAUUUCAGUGGAUGUUAACCUUUUUGCAGCGCGGCACGCCAUCUUGAUUUCAAAACAUUUCCCGUACCCCCAUCUCUAUUUCAAAAUAUAUUUUCCCGCACCCCUCAUGAUAAAAAUAAAUUGCUAAUUAAAUGCUUAUAAUCCUGAUUUUUCUGGAUCUUCCCGCACCCCCAGACACUGCCUCCUGCACACCUUAGGGAUGGGGACACCCCUGGAUGAGAAAUAUUGGGCUAUUGUUUAAAAUGACAACUCAAAAUUACAUCACUACUAUUUUAAAACACAUUGACACCUUUAUGCAAACUAUUUAGGCUCUCAGGCAGGUGCCCUUCAAACAUAAACACUCGACUUACUCUCUGGUCUAUUUCUGACUCCAGACCGCCCCUUGAACACACCGGUGGCCUAGUGUAUAGAGACAGUACUUUUGUACUAUCCUUGAAAUGUACCUGUUAGUGGAGGUCAGAGUAUAUGCUGGACAGACUGUGACACUACAUUCCUUUUGUGUUUUAUAGAAAUCUCUUAGAAAUGUUAAGCUGGUUCAUUAUGAAAUCUGUCAUUCUUUUCUUCAGUGUAACUUGAGUGAACUUGCAUGUUUUAUAUAUUCAAGUUGUUCUUGCUAAUGAAUUUCAGUGGAGAAAAAAGAUGUCCUGAUGAUGCUGAAAACUGUGUUCAGUACACUAACAGUUGCAAUGAGAUAUGAACCAGCCAAUGCCAAGUUUUUUGCCUCAGAGGUUUGUAUCUACACCGGACGCUUGUGUAACUUAAGCAGUAACACUGGCGUAAGUGAAAACAUAACUCAUGUUGAUGUUGUCCAUUGUGCUGCCUAACUGAACACAGGCAUAAGGUUGUGCCAGUACUUUGAUUUAUUAAAAUCAUGUUAAACUUCAUAGGCUACUCUCAAGUCAAAAUACUGGAAGAAAUAAGGAAAAAUUCAUUUCUAUUUUAACAAGUGGUCAAGUUUUAAAAAAUACAGAUACUUUUUGUUGUUAGCGGCGGAAGAUAUUUGAUUAACCUUCUGUGUUGUAUAAGAAAAUGUUUGAGAGAUUCACACCACUGUCAUGUUCAUGCCUUUCAGGUUCGUUAUGACAGCCUGACAGAAGCCGUAAGAUUAUUGGGCUGUUUUUCCAAUACUGUUGACAUUCCAGCUGCACCAGAUAGCAUGGUGACCUCAGAGUCAUUGGAACAUUUUGGAGCUGUUUUUGUACAUUGUAAAGAAGAAAAGUAUGUAGAUAUUCAAGUGGUACUAUUUUCACCACAAAUUUUAUAACUACUUGAUUUUAUUAACCUGAGGCGGAGCCUUUUUGGACUUUCGGUGCCAAGAAAAUGGACUCCUUUUCACAAGCCUUGAACUAAAAAAUAAAGUAAUUGCUUUGCAAAUAAAAAAACUGUAUAUAUUUUUAUAGGAAAUCGAAUGAACUAAUACAAUCUUUAUGAAUGAAACUAAAAUCUCAGCACUUAUCACAGAGAAAUAUCCUGAUUUGCAUAAUUUAUGCUUGCAAUUUUUUUUUUUACUCCUGUCGACUUAGAAUAAACAUGUCUGACUUGCAGAAUUGUGGUGAAUUUUCUGAUUGUUGAAGCCUAAAUAAGUCAUAAGUCUAUUAAGAGCUUUAAUAAUGUUCAUAUUUAAGUGUAUGUUUAAAAAGGGUUUUAUAUUAUUUUGUUUAAAUAGAGCCCCUUCAAGCAUUCCUAGGAUUCUGCUCUCAGCCUGCAUAAUUCUCAGAUAUUUAUAUGACAUGGCACUUGAUGCUUUUGACAAGUGAGUACAAAAUUUUAGAAUGAAAGUGCUUUAGAAGCCAUGAUAAUUUAGUACUGGCAUGUUGUUUUAGUAAUACUUUUUUAAAAUUGGAUAGUAAGGCUAUUUUGUUAAAACUAAUUCAAACAGCUGAAACAACCCUCAAUUUCUCAUUAAAGGCCCAAUCAGAUCAAAUCAGCUGACUCUCCAUGUCUUAAGAAACACACAUCUGUGAUAGAGGACAACCAGCCCUCAUCUUCUCCUUCAACACCAUCAGGAAUGAGACCAAAAAGCGGUAGCACUGGCAGCCUAUCCAUCAAUUUCAGUGGAAGCUCAGACCCCAUUCUGGUGCAUUCAGGGGCUAUCCUGUCCAUAUUUCACUUAUUGCCAGCCAUAGAACAUAUUGAAAGCCUUCAGGUAACUACAGUUUCAUAGUGUUCAGUUGAAUCUGCCUGUUACUCAAAGUUUAUUUUCCUAAAAAAAUAUUUGAUCUAAAAAAUAAUGGAGCUAAAUCAUUACACCAUAAGGAAGACUUUGUGUGCUCUAAAACUCUCAUUUGUAAAAAAAAAAAAAAAUACUUCAGUACAAAACUGGUCCAAUUUAUAAUCAGUUUAGGGUUGGUGUAUUUUAAUUGCAAACAUAUAAAAAGUAUCAAAAUAGCAACAACCUAUAAACCUAAAAUUACAUUCUGAUCACAACCAAUGUUCAUUUACUUCCUGAACAUAUUUGAAUGGCAUCCAACUUGAGGGCAUGCUUUAAAUUAGUAUUUGGGUGGUUUUUUUAUUCAUUCUUUUUAAAUUUUUAUAGUGGAAUUUAUCUUGCUAACAGGGGUUUUUGAAAUUGGAAAAAUGCAGAAAAUAAUUCUAUGAUUUAUAUUGCCAAGCAAUAUGCAUUAUUUUUACUCUUUGAAUGGAGAUGAUCUCUAUAAUGUGAACCAAAAUUAUGUUUUUCCCCAUAAUACACAGUUCUCUUGGGACUUGAAGGUGUUCAUAGCAGAUCUUUUGAAGUCUAUCAUGAGAAAUGAGCGUAAUCAACAAAUAAUGUGUGAUGCUAGGUAAGAUAACUAAAAUAGCUUUUUUAGCUCUUACAUAAAUCCAAUGAAACCUAUUUCAGAAGACCAAAUAACAAUAACCAUUAUUGAAAAUGCUGGCCAGACAUAAACAUCUUUUUUCUUGUCUGCCAUCUUCAUUUGUGAUGACAUAUGUAAAUGAUUCAUUUCAUGCAUUGUUUUCUCCGUUGUGGAGAUCAGAUGGAGGAUCAUCCACUUUCAAUUGCUUCUUUCAUGAUGAUAUUAGAGCUGAUUACUAGCCUGGAUACUGUCACUUUUUAACAUCAAUUUGUUUUAAUUGCAAUAAGGUAGUGAGUAGUACCUACCCCUAGUGCCGUUCCUUGAGUAGUACCUACCCCUAGUGCCGUUCCUUGAGUAGUACCUGCCCCUAGUGCCGUUCCUUGAGUAGUACCUGCCCCUAGUGCCGUUCCUUGAGUAGUACCUGCCCCUAGUGCCGUUCCUUGAGUAGUACCUGCCCCUAGUGCCGUUCCUUGAGUAGUACCUACCCCUAGUGCCGUUCCUUGAGUAGUACCUACCCCUAGUGCUGUUCCUUGAGUAGUACCUACCCCUAGUGCCGUUCCUUGAGUAGUACCUACCCCUAGUGCCGUUCCUUGAGUAGUACCUACCCCUAGUGCCGUUCCUUGAGUAGUACCUACCCCUAGUGCCGUUCCAAGCAAAAUCAGGAUUUUGUUUUGUUUAACUGGAAGAUAAUAGGUUAUUACUACACCAGUAGUAUAAUCAGGAGGAGAGACUGCUACAAUACAGAUUGAACUAAACUGCCUGAAUAGUUGGGAUUUACUCUUGUUUUUGGCAGCAUGUCCCUUGCCAACAUCCUCAAAAAUCAUCUGUGCAGACAUUUUAAAUAAUUUGGACAGAAAAGCCAAGCAUUGGCGAGUUCCAUUUUUGUGUGUGAGAUUAGUGGAAUCAACAGGAUUCACAUUGACCCAGGAUAUCGAACCUUUAAUUCUAUUUUGGAUAGAUUGGUAUUAGUUGUAUCAACUGUCACGUUUCUUCCUAUAUUUUAAAAAGAACUCUAAUAAAAGUUUAAAUAGUAAAUAUCUAAAAUAUUGAACCAUUUACAGAUUCCCCCAUGAGCUAUUAAGCCAUGGUAGUGCCGCACUGGCAGAUGAGUCUCAUCCACUUCACACGUACUUACAGUACAUGUUUGAAAGGCUGGCAUCACAGUCUUUGACACCUAGAGACUUGCGGUAAGAUCACUUUAUUUGAACUUAUUUUGAAGCAAUUACAUUAAAUUAAUUUUGAGGAAUAUGUCCUUCAAGAUUAGCAACAGCUGAUUAAAAAUGUAUUUAUAUUUUUGAUUCAGUGAUUUUUUGAGACUGGGAUCUCCUUUGAGUUGUCGAUCAGUGGAAGAAGAAUAUAUGGAAGACCAGUCUUUAGCUGUUACAGAUCCUGAUAACAUGGCGUCUUCAUUAGAUAUGGAAGAAAAACCAUCAACUAUGGAGACAGAGAAAAAACUUAACUCUGCAGGUUGGAAAAUUUCUACAGACAAAAGUCAUAGUAUUAUUGAAUGAGCAAUUUUCCCCACAUUUAAUUAUAGGAGGUUUGUUUGUUCACUGGGACUUUCUUAAUAUUUGGAUUUGUAAAACCAUAACACAAUGUAGCCAUAUCUAUACUAUAUUUAAUGCUUUUCUUCACUUUUAGAAUUUUAAGAUCUAAAACCUUAUUCCAAACUUCUGUAGGCGGCACUGUACCCCUGACACGUGUCAAAUGUUUGGUCUCAAUGACAACCCCUCGUGACAGCAGAAUGCACGGAUCAUCAGUGACUCCAGCCUUUGUAGAGUUUGACAUGAGUGCCGAAGGGUUCUCUUGUUUGUAUCUGCCCAGUAUUGCGCCACAAGGUCCACCAACUCCAUCAGUGGUGGGAGGCGUCGUUGGAACGUCAGAACCAGUAGUUAUAGGAGGCAUCGGAACCGGUAACCAUUUCUUCAAUCUGGAUGUUAUAUUAGGAUUUUUUUGUAAAGAUCUUUACAUGGUCAUGCAGUUUUGUUCUUAAUGUAAAUCACUUCAAUUGACAAAUACAUGUCUACAAACUACUCUUAAGUCUAAACCAGAAGAAGGAUAGCUAACCUUUUACUUUGGUCAACCACAGUUGGUAUCUCUUUAUUUGUGCCUUUAUAUUGAACUACAUACAUUUACCAAUCUGUUCCAGGGGAACGCAUAUUCCCACCACAGUCGGGUAUCACCUAUUCAACUUGGUUCUGUGUAGACAAGUUUAGUGCUUUUGGCACAGAUGCGCACCCGGUGAGGCUACUGACGAUUGUGCGCAACCUUCAGGGUCGAGAAGAGAAUCUUAUUUGUCUUAGCGUUUCCAUCAUGUCCAAAGACAGGGCACUGAUAAUAACAACUCAGGAGAAUUACAUGCCUAAUGCCGGUGAGGACCUAAAUGUGCAUGAUGCAGGUUUGCAAUUAAUUUCUUUUGAUUCUCCCUUUGUUUCCCCCACACCUGGCAAUAAAGACCAACAUCUCCUUUAGCUGAUGUCACCCUUAUUAGUUGUUUGGAUUCUUGGAAAUUUCAUUGUUACUGUAAAUUUUCAAUGUUUUAUUUUUAUUCUUUUGUUUUUUAGUUAAUUUUAUUAAUUCAUUUCCACUUGUAUGAUUACUCAAAUGAAAAAAUUUCUAAAAUUAUAUUAAUUUUUUUCGUUAUUCAAGUAAUGCAAAUAGAUAUAUAUCAUGAAUGUGAUUUUUUUUUUUUUUUUUUUUUUUUUUUUUGUUUUUUUUUUUUUUUAUUUUUUUUUUUUUUUUUUUUUUUUUUUAUUUUUUUUUUUUUUUUUUUUUUAUUUUUUUUUUUUUUUUUUUUUUUUUUUGGGUGUGGUUUCAUUUCAUUUAAUUAUUUUAACUCUUGAAUGACCUUAUAUGUUACAGUUUCUAAUUACAUCAGUUCUUAAUAACAAAGUUAAGUCUAGGUCGCACUAUUGGAUAGUCGCACCCUUAUGCUCACAAAGUGUUAUUUCCAAUAAACUUGCAGAUAGGUCACACUAUAAUUUGGGGAGUUACAUGGCCCCUUUUUAAUGGAAAUAUAAAAUUUUUGUGGAAGUGACUUUAUGAAAGUAUGGCAGGGUACUCCUUAACGAGUAUGGAGCUGCUCUGUUUAGAUGAAAACUUGUAUAAUCGCUAUUCAUAAAAUCAUGAUAGUAUUUUGUCAGGAAUCAGAUAUGGUAAAUAUUUGAUGUUUUAUGCAGUAUGGCUAGAAGAGGCAAUUGCCUAAAAUCACAUUGUGGGGUAGAUUUUUUUUAUCUCCCUAGCGUUUGCUUAACCUUGAGCCCAAUAUGCAUAGUCCACUAAUAUGCCGCCAUCUUCUUCCCUGUGAUGUUGAGUAGAUGUGUUACAUCCCUGUUUUUUAUCACAAUGUUUUGUAUCAAAAUGCAACCUUUUCACAUGUAUGUAAGGUAAUUAACUUUUUAAAGCAUAUUUGUCAGGAAAUGGCUGUGAAAUUGAGCAAGAACCACCUCUCAAUGACAACACUGUUCGUUUUUGGUGUCCAGAACUUACACAAGAAGGGCAGUGGCACCAUUUAGUUCUUGUACUACAUAGAGCUGGCAUUAUGAAAAACAGUAAUAUCAGCCUCUUUGUAGAUGGAGAAAUGAUGCCUCAACAAAAAGUAUGUUUCAUUUAAUAGUUGGUCUUUUUAAAAAGGUUGGUAAAAAUGCAAGUGCUUUUAUUCACCUGCAUUUUAGACACUCAACAACUGAUUGAAAAACUUUAUACAAGUAUUUUAGACACUCAACAACUGAUUGAAAAACUUUAUACAAGUAUUUUAGACACUCAACAACUGAUUGAAAAACUUUAUACAAGUAUUUUAGACACUCAACAACUGAUUGAAAAACUUUAUACAAGUAUUUUAGACACUCACAACUGAUUGAAAAACUUUAUACAAGUAUUUUAGACACUCACAACUGAUUGAAAAACUUUAUACAAGUAUUUUAGACACUCACAACUGAUUGAAAAACUUUAUACAAGUAUUUUAGACACUCACAACUGAUUGAAAAACUUUAUACAAGUAUUUUAGACACUCACAACUGAUUGAAAAACUUUAUACAAGUAUUUUAGACACUCACAACUGAUUGAAAAACUUUAUACAAGUAUUUUAGACACUCACAACUGAUUGAAAAACUUUAUACAAGUAUUUUAGACACUCACAACUGAUUGAAAAACUUUAUACAAGUAUUUUAGACACUCACAACUGAUUGAAAAACUUUAUACAAGUAUUUUAGACACUCACAACUGAUUGAAAAACUUUAUACAAGUAUUUUAGACACUCACAACUGAUUGAAAAACUUUAUACAAGUAUUUUAGACACUCACAACUGAUUGAAAAACUUUAUACAAGUAUUUUAGACACUCACAACUGAUUGAAAAACUUUAUACAAGUAUUUUAGACACUCACAACUGAUUGAAAAACUUUAUACAAGUAUUUUAGACACUCACAACUGAUUGAAAAACUUUAUACAAGUAUUUUAGACACUCACAACUGAUUGAAAAACUUUAUACAAGUAUUUUAGACACUCACAACUGAUUGAAAAACUUUAUACAAGUAUUUUAGACACUCACAACUGAUUGAAAAACUUUAUACAAGUAUUUUAGACACUCACAACUGAUUGAAAAACUUUAUACAAGUAUUUUAGACACUCACAACUGAUUGAAAAACUUUAUACAAGUAUUUUAGACACUCACAACUGAUUGAAAAACUUUAUACAAGUAUUUUAGACACUCACAACUGAUUGAAAAACUUUAUACAAGUAUUUUAGACACUCACAACUGAUUGAAAAACUUUAUACAAGUAUUUUAGACACUCACAACUGAUUGAAAAACUUUAUACAAGUAUUUUAGACACUCACAACUGAUUGAAAAACUUUAAAAACUCUUUAAAAAAAAAUAAGUUACAAAUUUUUUACCAAAUUUGUAAUUUUUUAUUCAACAGCUUCAUUACAUAUCUCCUAAUUUGGGCGGAGGAGGAACAGCAAGCCCCACAGCUUUCACUUCAGUCUUUGCUUACAUUGGCACACCACCUCAGUUACGGCGGCAGUCAAGAUUACUGUGGAGACAAGGGCCUUGUCUGAUGUUGGAAGAUAUUGUUUCAGCUGCUACUGUGAAAAACUUGUAUGGAUUGGGACCUACAUAUGUGGGCAGUUUGCAGGCACCUCUUGCUGGCAAGUUUUUAAAAAUAUUUUACCUGAAGUUUUCCAAGUAGAACUACUCGGGGAUAUCACUGGUAACUUAAUGUCUGCCUGAAGAUUUCAGGGUUGGCAUUUCAUUUACAAGCUGCUGUUUUCUAUCAUUUGUAUGCUUUUACUGACAAAAACAUCUAAGUAUCCUCAUGGAAAGCUGGAGGGCCUAGAACAUGUGGGUAGGCCCAACUGCAACAGAACUGAGGCUCCUACCUUCACUGUUGGCUUUGCCCCUGCACAGGUCUAGAGCAGUGGUUCCCAUUCUUUUUGACUCACAGAGCCCUUGUAGAAUCAAUUUCUAUGGGAGAGCCCCUUAUGCCCACCUUAUGUCUUAUAAAUUUUUAGUGUUUAGGAAUUGCCUGAUGCGGUCGCGGAGUCCCUGGCAAGUGCACCAGGAGCACUGAUUGAAAACCACUGGUCUAGAGUAUGAGUGAAAUCACCAGUUUUAUUAGUUUCCUGGAAGUUCAAUGAAUAAAAUUAUGAAAUAAGUGAAUGCAGCCUAAAUGCAGAAAUUAAUCUUAACCAUUGGGAAUAAAUAAGUUGUUUUCAUUUGUUAUUAUAAGUUUAGAUAGAUAUUCAAAGGAAUUUUUUUUAAAGGACAGUUUUGUAAGAUGGUAUUAAAUUUUGCAAAGUCUUCUCAUUAGUUCUAACAGUUUUAAGCUUGACCUAUCUAAUUCAAUAUUCCUCUUCUUUUUGUCUACCCACACAGAGGAUGGAGAGGUCAGUGGUCCAUUUAUUAGUGAAGAAAGAGUUAUGUUUGGAGUCUUUGCUCAUGCUAUGUCACAAAUGACCAUAGCCAAAAUUAGGAGGAUUUACAACAAAGUGGAUGGCAAAUCCAUUGCAAAACAGGUAUUUUCAGUGACUAAAACAAUAGAAUACAAAUUAUUUAUAUACAUUUCUUUUUUUUUUUUUUUUUUUUUUUUUUUUUUUUUUUUUUUUUUUACACAUACCCCAUUUCCAACCCUUUUUUUUUUAUUGAGGAUUUUUCUUUUUUUUUAAAAUUUAAUAAAAUGCCCUUUUUUUUUCUUAUAAAAUUUUUUUUUUUUUUUUUUUUUUUUUUUUUUUUUUUUUUUUUUUAGCUUUAUUACUCUAUACACAUACCUCAGCUGCAACCCUAUUUUCUUUAAUGAGGACUAUUCAGUCUUUGUAAAAAUUAAUAAAAUGCACUAUUUUAUGCAUAUACAAAUUUUUUUUUUUGCAAUUAAAUCCAACUAUUCUUCCUUUAUCAGUUGGCUAUGUCAGCACAUGAGAAUGCCACACCAAUAAGAAUAUUACACAACUCAGCUGCUCAUUUAGCUGGACCUGCAAGAAGUCUUGGAGCUGUGUUGAUGGGAUAUCUAGGUAACACAUCUACCCUACGCAUAUUUUUACUCUAAACAUCCAUUUUUGGCCUAAAAAAUAUAAGGAAUCAUUCAAAAUGCCUGUGGUGUGUGACAAAAGCAUAGGGAAAGAUCUGCAUGAGCAAGAAUAAAUUAACUUUUCAGUAUUUAAAAAUGAUGUAAGAACAUGGGUGUUAUGUUGUCUGAUAAGUGUGGAGAAAGUGGAAACUGUUUAACGUUUCUUGUUACGAAAUAGAGAGUAGAGGUCCUAAAAUAACAAAAACUCUUGUGUGGAGGAUUCUUGUAAAUUUAUGGAAACCAAAAGUAAAAAAAUGUAAUUCGCACAUUGAGAUGAUUAGAAAUUUCGUAAUGCCAGAGCUGCUGUAUGGUUCUCUCAUGCCACCUUACAUAGAGACUAAAUUAUGUGUCCAUAUUAUUCAGCAGACCUGUUUACCCUCAAACUCUUAAAAUCAUACAAUAUCAUCACAAAAUCGUUCAAUUUAUUACCUUUAUAGUAAAAAAAAUAAACAGUAUAUAUAUAUAUAUAUAAUUUAUACACCUCAAAAUAGUACAUUGUACGCCAAAAUCGUAAGUGUAAACAGGUCUGAAUCAGUGAUUAAUGAAUCCUAAAAUGUCUUGUAGCUGUCUGUUUGUGUUAAUAAAUCUUCAUUCAUCUGCCGUAAAAAUGGGAUAUGUAAUUACGAGUGUUUUAUUCAGGUGUUCGCACAUUUUGCCCUCGUCCGGUGGCUCGAAUGUUGGAAAAUGUUGGUGGAACAUCAUCUCUGCUUGGUCUUAUUGCUAUGGCCAAAGAUGUUGAAAGUCUGUAUGCGGCAGUUAAAGCCCUUGUCUGUGUUGUAAGAAGCAACAACUCCUCCAAGUGGGACAUGGAUAGAAUCCAUGGCUAUCAGGUAUAAUAACAUUGGUGUUAUAUAUAUGUGACUAUAAAUUUCUAUAUUUUGAGGGCCCAAGAUCAAUUUGUUGAUCAUUCUGGCUCCUGGUUUAUAUUCAGAGUUUGCCUUCUCUUAGAUGAGUUGCUAUCCAAGGCUAACGAGUCCCAUCCACCCGGGGAUGUUUUUGCAUCAGUGGGGAUUGAACCCCAGACCACCAGCUGUUUUGGAUUGUGUCAGUUUAGACAGCUCGGCCAUCCAGAAGAUAGGCUGAGUUGCUGCUACUAUUAAUUUUAGAUUUUAUUUCCUUCUAAAUGAGCACAUUAUAAUUUCGUAGAAAAUUUGGACUGCACAAAAAAAAAAAUUUGUUGACAACAGCACAGACAAAAAUAGAUAGAAAAAAACAAUACACAAAUGUCAGAUUACUAUCAAUUUAUGAUAAAAAUUUAUAGCCAAUUGUCGAACAAAUUUUUUUUUUACACGGACAGAAUAUUCAAUAAAAUUUUUCAAAUUUUCUUCAAGUUUGAUUAAAAAAAAAUAAAAUAUUACAUAUUUUUUAUUAUCAAAAUUAUAGCGGCAGAAAAAUGCAGGGAAAAUUUUCUAUGAAUACCAUCAAUCACAUUCUUAUUUUCUUGACGUUUUCUACAUAUUUUGAAAGGGAAUUGAAUGAAGUUUUUAUAAAUGUUUGUAGACUUGUAAUCAGAAUAAAAAAAAAAAAUUGGUGCAUGAUUUUUAAAAUAAAAUAAAAAUUUCAAGUAAAAAUUAUUGUAGUGUUAUAAAACACCACCAUUCUAUAAUUUAUCACGUGUCAAAAAUUACUCCUAGCAUCUUAAGACUGAUAAUAAACUUAAUGAACAAUAUGAUAUCCUAAUGUUUUCAAAAUUAGUUGAAAUCUACAAAAAUGGCCCACUUUUUAGUAAAACAAACCACAGGUUAAACAAUUUGAGCAAAUGUACAAUAAUUUCAACUAGUCAUAUUGUUAUUUCUCAGAGUAAAAUUAUAACCCUAUUGCAAUUGUUUUAAUAUAAAAGAUCUUGAUGCAAGUAAAGAAUCAGGAACAACAUCAGGCUAACAGACAUUAAUAUCUUUAGAUGUUGAUUCAGACUACAGCUAAGAUAUGAUCAUAGGCUGUCCUCUAUGUAGACCAUGUCACAUAAAUUGAAUGUUUUGAUGGUUAAUGAGCAUUGUACUUCCAAUAUUUCCACCUGACUAAUCUAAUCGCUAUGAUAUCAAUUUUUUUAUCAACUUCCAUAGUUAUGGUUGGAUAAUCCCCACAAUCGGUUCAAUAAAGGCUCUAUUUUUUCUGACUCUUUGGUCUACAAGCAAGUACAUUCAGUAUUGACUGAAGUCAUUUUUGAUGCAUCGUCUUGAUGUACUAUUGCCCACACAUUUGAGUAUAAGCAUCAGUCUAUUAGCCAGGCUUUGGUGACUUGAAUGGCUAAGAAUUUUAAUCCUGUCUGUUGACACACUUGAUAUUUUGAAACAAUGAGUUGUGAUUUCUCUAGUGCCCAAGUGUUUCUUCGCACACAGAUAAUUAAUAGGCCUCUCAACUAUGAAAUGUCAUCUGUCAUGAGGAUAAGACAAUCUUAUCUUUGAGUUUGUGCAGUGUGCUGUAGACUUGGAUUAAAACUGUGCAAUGUGCUGUAGACUUGGAUUAAAACUGUGCAGUGUGCUGUAGACUUGGAUUAAAACUGUGCAGUGUGCUGUAGACUUGGAUUAAAACUGUGCAGUGUGCUGUAGACUUGGAUUAAAACUGUGCAGUGUGCUGUAGACUUGGAUUAAAACUGUGCAGUGUGCUGUAGACUUGGAUUAAAACUGUGCAGUGUGAUGUAGACUUGGAUUAACAUUGUGACUUUGUUGUUGAAUCAAUAACUCUCUGCUGUUCUGUCCACUUCUCGCCACUGUAUAGGUAAAUGAGGCUUGCCAUCCACAUACUCUGAUAAAGUUUCAUUUGUUUGCAAGUGGAUGGCAUCAGUACCAUUGCUACUAGUUGUGGUCAUUACAAGUAAACAGUUCAGGUUCACUAGUUUUAGCAAAAUUGUAUGAAUAAUCUUCACGCCCUUGCUGUAAAUGUGUACCACCUUUAGUUUAGGACAACGCCCCCUUUCUGGGGGGCCACUAAUAAUAAAUUUGUUACACCAACUUUCAACAUGCCUGAGAUGUAAAACUAAUAUUUGUUUUAUCUUAUUGGAGUAUUUGGAUUAAUUCUAGAACUUAACUAGCAGUAAAUCUCUAACAGGGGCAUGAUCAAUUUGAGUAAGAUAUCAAUGAAUAGGCACUCGAAAAUUAAAUAAACAUAAACCAAAUUGGGCUGUAAACAUGAAACAGCUGACUGAAUCACAAAGCAAAAUGGCUCACCGGACACAGUGAGGUGAAACCAAACGUUUACACCGCUUCAGUCUUUUACGAUAUUAUUUUGUUGUUUGUCAGUCAGGAGUCGACCAUGACCACUUUAAUCAUCAGAUUUGUGCCAGUCCUGUCUGUGGGUGCAAAAAUGGCUAAUGAGCCCAAUUCUGGCGCGAAAUUUUCUUAUGCAGGGGAAUGAUGGGGCAUAUCCGGCAUCGGAGUCACACGGGACCUUCCUGACAUGCCUCUUGCGCUGUGCAGCCACUGCUCUGCUAACUUCAUGUUGCAUGGAGCUCCUGUGUAAAGUGUAAUGCCAUGAUGUUCGAUCCUUUGCUUUUUCCUCCCACGUGUCUGGGUAUAUGUCAAAUGCUUUCAAUGAGGCUUUAAGCUUGUCUUUAAAAUGUUUCUUAUGCCCGCCAGCAGAUCGCUUUCCAUGUUUGAACUCACCACAGAAAAUUCUUUUGGGCAGACGGUUGUCUGACAUUCUCACAUGUCCCGUCCAACGAAGCUGGGACUGCAUUAAGAUGGUAAAGAUGCUGGGGUGACCUGCCUGUGUAAGCACCUCAGUUUCUGGGACCCUGUCCUGCCAUUUAAUUUUGAGGAUUUUUCUGAGUCUUGAUGCAUGAUUAGUUGUUCAGCAUUCUUGCACGUUUCACAGGCAUAGAGAAGCUUAGGGAGGACAGCCGCCUUAUAUACUUUAGUUAAGUUUGAGUGCUGAUACCUCUCCUGGUCCAUACAUUCUUAGACAGUUUGCCAUAGGUUGCACUGGCUCUCUCAAUACAGAGAUUAACCUUGUCAUCGAUGGUUGCGCUUUUGGACAGAGUGCUGCCAAGAUAAGAAAAGCUAUUCACUACCUUAAGUCUUUGGCCAUAUACUUGGAUGUUGGGCUCAACAUAAGUCUUCAAAGAGCUGGUUGGUAUAGAACCUCUGUCUUUUUUGUGUUAAUGAUGAGCUCGAAGUUUGUUCAGGCAUUGGAAAAGUUUGUGAUGGGGCAUUGCAUAUCGACUUCUGAUACAGUGUUUAGGGCACAAUUGUCUGCAUACAGGAGGUUCCUGAUGGUGCCUGUCAGGACCUUCGAUUUGGCAUGUAGCCUCUUGAGGUUGAAUAGAUUAUCGUGAGUUUCGGUAUCUGAGGCCAAUUCCAACAUCUCCCUCUCCGAAGGCAUCGGUCAGCAUAGUGGAAAACAUGAGGCUAAAAAGUUUUGGGGCAAGUACACAGCCUUGUUUCUUGCCUGCAAUUGAGAGCAGUGAUAUGCCACGGUGGUGGUCGCACGACUGAUGGUUCCCUUUAUGCUUGUACAGGUGAACAAUAGAUGCAUCUUUGAAGUCCUGUGGAAUGAUCUCUUGCUGCCACAUAAGUAUGAACAGCUGGUGAAGCCUUUCAGACAGAGCUUUGCCCCCUUCUUUGUAUACUUCAGAGGGGAUUGAGUCAUCCCCUGGGGCUUUGCCGCUUGGGAGAGGGCAGAUAGCAUGUUGGGUCUCAGUUAGGGUAAGGGGAUCUUCCAGUUCUUGAUUAAAUGGCACCUGUAUGAGACGAUUUAUGGCUUAAUCAUUGAUGGAACAAAUGUCUAUUCAGGAUGUAGUCAAAGUGUUCAGUGUUCAGCCCAGCAUUCUAUAAUUUUUUCCUCCUCAGUGAUUAGAGAUUUCUCAUCUUCACUCAGAGGUGGGGAUGAUCCAGAUGAAAUGGGGCCAUGGACUGUUUUCAGAGCGUAUUAGCAAUUUUUUAGGUCAUGUCCGCAUAGCCUUGGAUCUCGUCGGCCUUGUUGCUCAACCAUUUAUUCAGCAUUAGACGCAGUUUUUGCUGCACCGUUCUUCUUAUACAUUGGGACUGACCUCUGGUUGUUUAGGGAAGCAUGGAGGAGACAGUGUUUUUCCUCCAGCGGUUGCUUGAUUACGUUACAUCAUCAAACCAGUCCUGAUGUUUUUCCGAGCUUGGCCCCAGAAACUCCAGGGCGGUGUUGUACAACAUGUAUCUAAGUGAUGCCCAGUUUGCUUCGACUUUGUCAUUUUCCAAUGGUGUGAAGCUUCCACAAAAGAUUUUUUAAUUUUGGGGCUUAUCAACUUUGUGGUAUUUAGAUGUUUAGGGGUAUUCUUUCCCUGUGAACGUCUUUUGGGUUGUAUGUGUAGGUUGAGCUUGGUGAUAAUAAGAUGAUGAUCUCUCCAGCAGUCUGCACCACACAUUGACUUGGUCACAUGCACGUCUUGACUGUCCUUCCUCCUGAUGAUGACAUAGUCAAUGAGGUGUCAAUGUUUUAAAAGGAGGGUGCAUCCAGGACGUCCGAUUAUGAGUCGGAAGGCGAAAUAUCAUAUUAGUAAUCAGCAGUUCAUGCGCUGCACAUGUCUGGAGCAGGAGAAGACCGUUACUCUUGCACUGGCCCACUCCAUACUUUCCCAGAGUUCCAUGCCAAGCGAUGUGGUCAGUACCAACUCGAGCAAUGACGUCACCAAGAAUUAUAAGCUUUUCCUGCUUUGGAACGCCUACAAAGACAGAGUGAAGAUCCUUGUAGAACUUGGUUUUUACGUCAUCUGGGUUUGUCAUUGUGGUAGCAUAGCAGCUUCUUAUGGUGAGGUGUUUUCUUCCAGAUACGAGAGGGAGUUUCAUUGUCAUUGUCCUCUGAGUGAUGAUUAAGUGACGCGCUGUGAUUUGGAUUUAAGUGAGGAAGAGUUGCGCGAGUCGUCAGCUUCACUCUCUCUCACAAUACCACCUUGAUCCAGCAGCAAGACAAUGUUGAGACAGUUGGGGAUGGGAUUGAGUGCAGUGAAUGACCAUGGCGUUCUACGUGUCUGGCCAUGCUCUUAGCGAUUCACAUCACUAUACUGUCUCCGCCUUUUGUCUGUUGACCAAGUAGUGGUUCCUCCGCACAAUUUGCUGGAUUCAGUCUUUUACAUGCUACGGGGGACAAGCCCCUUUUUACUGAAGGUUCUAUGCCUUCGGCUAACCUCAACCUGGUUUUGCCGGCUAGUCAAAACCAUUGUUCGGGGUAUAGCCGCUGUGCAUGUUACAGCUUCUUGGAGCCACAGGUGAGAGCUGAGUGCAGUGUGGGGAGCAAAGAUUGAUUAGCUACCCCAAAGGGUUACAAACUGCUGCUCAAUCAGAGGUACUACCCCUCCAUAGGUACUCCAUACACAAUAUUAUUAUUAAAUUGUGAGCAGGUACAGUUGGCUUAUGAGACACAAACGGAAUAUCGGUGAGCCAGUACUGUCGAAUCAAAGGUAUCAAAGAGUUAAGCUUCACUUUGAGUGAAAAUCAAAAUUUUUAGACUUAAUUCAGGAUGUGUUGAAUCCCAGUAACUAGGUUACCUUGUGCUGCAUUUUGUGUUACUUCAUACCCUCCACAAAUCUCAUCAGGGGACUGUAAGUUGACAGCCCUCUUGAAUAAUAAAUUGUGUUGAUAGUUUUAAACUUGUCUUAACAUUGAUGUUAAUGUCAUUUUUAUGCUUUUGUAGUAAUACAUUUUAAGUCUCAUUUGUUUCAUAAGGAAUGACUUAUAAUAAUACAAUAAUUAUAAUCAGUAUUUACCUGCUAAUUAAAUAAUAAUGUUGGAGUUGUGAUUUAUGGUCUUUUAAAUAUCCUCCCUGAACAUGUGUUCAUCAAAUUCUUUCUUCAUUAUGCCUUAACUCUUGUAUUUAUGAAUAAUAUCUUUAUCUUCAGCUCUUAGCAAUGUUGUACAAGAAAAAGCGGCAUUUACUCAACAGUCACAUACUGCAUCUGACAUUCUCUCUUGUUGGAACUCUGGACAGUGGCAGAGAGACAUCCAUCAUUCCCAACAUUACAGCAUUCCAAGACCUUCUGUGUGAUUUAGAGGUACAUAUUUAAGAUAAUUAUCCGGUGUAGGUCGGCUACGUACUUGUGUCCUUUUUUGCAUGUUGUAUCAAACAUUUCUAAAAAAAUGUAAUGCAAAGGUGGUGAUCUAAUGGGUUGGAGUACUGCCAUGUGUUGGAGAUCAUGAUUAAUUCCGUGGCAAAGCAGUAAAGCUAGAUCUCCUUUUAUUUUAUUUUUUUCUAGUUUUCAGUAUCUUAUUCUUCAAAGUUUUUUUAGUAAACAUUUGUCACACCUCAAAUUUAAUAAUAAAAUACAUUGUGAGUAAAAUAUAUUUCCAUGAAAAUGGACAGGUUAUUUCUAGUUUAAUAUAAUAACUGAUACUGUUUAGCAAGUUUAACAUUAUUUAAUCCAUUUUGGUAAUUGUAAAUACUGCUUUGCAUGUUGAUUAAGGCACUUAAUAAUAUUGACAGAUAUGGCAUGAAGCCCCAGGUGACUUGCAGAGAUCUCUCUAUGAACACUUCUAUGAGUUACUCACAGAUUCUAGGUUUGUUGUUUCUUUUUUCCAUUGAUUUUCUCUGGAGUUUGUUUUAAUCACUUUGCUGUUCUGAAGAGGUGUCUCUCUUUGAAUGUUAGGGAAUGUGUUGUAAGAUUAGAGCAGGGGCCGGGAACCUUAUCAGGGCAAAGAGCUAAAUAUUAAAUUUUGAGCUGAUAACUAGUAGUAUCCAAGAGCUACAUGAGAAAGAUCAAAGAGCCACAGUUUCCAGACCCACGGAUUAGUGAAACACAAAUUUGUCUCCUGCUUUUUGCACGUGAGCUGGAGGAAGUCCUGUUUCUUUGAGAUCUGUUAAAUUAACUUGUGCUCUAUUCUCCAGUGAGCAGAAGUCCAAUCACAGUAUUAUGAGAAGCAUGGGCCUCUCAACCAAAUUACUUCAUAUCCUCAAGGACCCCAAACUUCCCAUACAGACCAUACAGUCUGUUUCCAAUGUCUUGGGAGAGCUUUUGUCCGGACCCUCUGAUCAUUCAGGUCUUCUAAGGUGGGUCAUUGUCAUUGUCUCUUUUCUUAACAAUAGUAGGCUAAAUGUACAUCGGUGAUGGAUUUUAAAGGUACUUAUGUUUGCCAUUUAACUAAUGAAAUUCUGAGACUUUUCCUUUAAAAAAAUAUUACAUUUCCGAACUAUUAGGUUUGGCCAGCAUCUGGUUUCAACAUUACCAGUUGCAUCUUACAUGGAAAAAAGUGUAGAUCUCAAACAAGAAGGCCUAGUAGAUCUGGAUCCGUUCAAUGGCUUGAGUAAGUUGCUUGGAUUAGAAUUAAGUAAAUAAAAUGACAACUUGCUGACAAUUGUGACCAUUAAUAUGUUAAUUUAAUUAACAUCCUAAAAAGAUGAUCUGUCUAUGAUUUCCAUAACUCUAGCUGACUGUAGCCUACCACAAAUGAUCCACAACAUCAAAAUGCGUAACAUUAUGCUGGAUGUAGUCCUGAAACUGGUCAAACCACAGACCAGCAGUGUUGGAGUUAACCAGCAGUAAGUAUUGAUGGAAGUCGAUGUGAUUAACUCUUGAGUAGCGCAAUGGCUCAUUAUAUUUCUUUUUUUAAGGUUUUCUUUAAUGAAUAAUUUUAAAUGCUUUUUGUCAUUUAGAAGUUCCACAAUUAGUUCUAAGCAAUAGAAAUCAUUACCUGCAAUUGGUUUAUUUUGCAGUUUAAAAAAAAAAAAAACCUAGAUUAAUAAAGGAAUUAUCUUUAAAAAAAGUUUUAAAAUUUUGUUAUAUCCUUGCUUAGAACCUGUGAAGACAUUGCCAAGCGGCUGGGCUAUGAUUGGCUGAUGCUGUUCAUGCAAAGCCAUCUGCAUCCAACUACUGUGGUACUGGCACUGAGAAUUCUUUUAGUCAUGUUCCGUAACAGUGAGAACAUAAAAAAAUUCAGAGAAGGAAGCUAUGGAGGUGGUUGGAUGGGUGGAACUGAAAUUGUCCUGAAGAACCAAAUGUCUGUCAUGCUGGGUAAUUUUUAAUCAACAGUUUGUUUGUUUUCUUUGUUACAAAAACUAAAUCUGAAUGUGCUAAAGAUUGUUUAUCUUUUGAGGAACUCAAUUUAAGGACACAAUUUUAAUUCAAUUUUUUUUUUUUUCAACUGAUUAAAAACAAUUAGAUACAAAUUUCAAAAUUGUUUAAGUUUGUUUACAAUAUCUUCUUGCUUUAAAUCUACAGGUUUUAAUGUUGGUGCCCACAAUCCCCAGGAAGACAGGGAAAUCAAUCAUGAAGUGUGUCGCGUUCCAGGUUUCCAAGCCCUGCAGUGGCUGUUGUCGCGGCACAAUAUUGUUCCAGAUGUUUACUUUCUACUCAUGGCUUUGUUGUUGGGUCAGCAGAACAGACCUUUAGCCACAGAUGGACAAGUGGGUUUUCAUCAUUGUAACAUUUUAAUAAGGGAUUCAUCCUCAGGAUAUUUAAAAGUUUAAUUUACAUUUUAAUUUAGGAGCAAGAAUCCAUCAAAUUUAAUCUUAAAUUUGUGUGCACAUGGAAGAAUUUUUUAAAUAAGAUUUACCUUCAGAAUCUUGAUUGUCAUGUCUAUUCCUAGACACUCAAUGUGGAUGCUGUUUGGACAGUGAUAUUUGGAGUGCCAGCCAGCAAGCCAAUGCAUAUUCUGUCAAGGGAGACAGUAGAUCUCUGCCCAGAUGCAGCUUUAGUACUGCUGGCCAUGAUCAGAUACAUGAUUAAUGAGGUUUGUUAUAUAGUUUAGCUAUUUGUCACUAAACAGCUGUUCCUCAUUACCUUAGUGAUUGGUUAGAGAAGCAAUUGCAUAACUGAAAAACAUGGGUGAGAUAGGGAUUACUCUAUAAGAAAAAAAUCUAUAGCAAUGCAAUUAUUAGCAUAUAAAGUAGUACAAUGCUUGCUACAGAUACAGAUGCUGUUAAUGACUUAUGCCCACAGUGUGCUCAUUAUGUACAGAGCUCUUCUAAUUUUUCCUACCACUGGCAAAGAUUUUGAUUGUUUUUUGCAUUUGAUAACUGUAAAUUCUUCUUUCCAUAAUGCAACAUAAAUAAACCCACAAAAGCACAACAUGCUAGCACUACUGAAACAACGCUGCGUAAAAUGCUUAGGCACCACAAGGUCAUACCACCACACCACAGCCCACCAUGCAUUGAUUUUGAAAAUAUUUUUGUAGUAUCAUCUUGUAAUGCAAAUGUAUAAAGUGUGAUUAUAUAAUGAGGGACACCUUUAUUCAUUUCCAAUUUAUUUUUGGAAUUCCAUUUAAAUAGAUUUCCAUAAAUGACAGAUCUGUUUCAUAUCUAUCUUUUAAAAUUAUAUUCUUGAGAAAAAUAAUGUGAGAAAAAAAGAGAUAAAAAAAAAGAAGAGAUUUUUCUAUCUCCAGAAUGAUGUCACCAGUACCAGAUCUCCAACAGAGAAUGAAUAUCCUGUUACAGUGAUUCAGUUCCUGAUGUAUCUGUAUCACAAUUUGUCAGAAUUCCAGUCUGUCUGUACCAGUUCUGACUUUAUCACAGGCCUAGUAGCCACCUUAUUCCCCUAUCCUGUCAGUGAGUCUAACAGUGAUGUCACAACACCCAAUGAAGAGUUUAAGGUUUGUGGUGGCUUGAAGCAUAACUAUUUCAUUUCAACAAUUUUUUCUCUAUGCCUCUCAAGAUUAUAUUGCAAGUGGAAGUCUUUAUUUUUAAUUCUUUUAUUACAUUAAUUAGCCAUGUUUUAGUUAAAUAUAAUACAUGCAAUAUAACACCUAUUAGCUUUCAGUUACUUUCAAAUUUUUCUUUUAAAAAUAGGAGAAAAAAAAGUUUUAUCGCAUUUUAAAUAAAGACAGCACUCUUCAUCAUGUUAUUAUUUUCCUUUAAGUUAAUUAUUACUAUUACUGUUUCAAAUUUUUUUUGUUGGGGUUAUAUUAAAAAAAUCACUUUCUCUAAGUUUUGCGUGAAACCCUAUUUUUAUUUUGUAUUUAGCCAUUUCCAGACUGUGAAAGUUUAAUGAUUGUGAAAUCACCAGACAGAGUGUGUGCAGGUAUGUAGCCAUAUUUUAUCUUUUAGAAAUUCUUAAUGUAGAAGUUCUUAAUGUUACAAAAAGUUUAAGGAAUGUUAAAUAAAUGUUAAAUAGCUCAAUCAUUUUUAAAAGAAAUCUAAAACAUGUUGAACACCAAAUGACAUUUACUCCUGUUUGAUCUUUGUAUCAACGCUCACACGUAAGCAUGUUCAAUGAAUUAUCAAUUUAAUUUUUUUCUCAUUUUGGCUCAGGGUUUCUCACUGGUCACCCAGCCCGAAGAUUUAUUGUUGACUUCAUCCGCACCAUAGUCAUUGAUAGCCUGUCUCAAAUGUCCAAUAGUAAAUCUGCCACCGUACUUGAUAUAAUGUUGGACGUGAGCAUAUAUUUUUUUACUUAAUAUGUCACAAGACUCAACAGUCUAAUAAAAAUAAUAAAUAAAAAUCAGGAAAUACCAAAUUUUCUUUAAGAAAAAUUGCUCUUGUAAACAAUUUUUAAUACUGAAAAUUGUAUGAUCUGUUUUCUGCUUUAGGCAUCUCCUGAUCAUGCCAAUCGAGCUCAGCAGAAGGAAUUUCAGACUGAAAUGCUGAAAAUCCUCAUGGACCAUUUAUUGGCAGCAGAUGUGUUGUUAGGGGAGCAGGCCGCCCUGCCUAUGAUGCCGGGCAGCAACUACAGUCACAUGGCCAC